GAAAACACCAUUUGUAUCGAAUUUAGAAACAAAACGAAUGAAAGUAAACGAUGGAUAGAUGGAAUUGUACGCCUGUUGGUUACGAAUUUAGAUGUGGAGGAUGCAAUUUCAAUACUGAUACAUUUUAUAUUCUACACCAGCAUCUUACCCAGCACAGAGAAGGUGGCAGUUACUUUUAUCAUCAUUCUAUGAAAACUGCAUUUCCAAAGCAUGAUUUUCUAUGUAGGGAAGUUCAAACCAAUGAUGCUGGACUGGGUCCACUGUUUUCUGCUUUGAAAUCUGCUGAGACACGAUCAAUAGAGACACAGACUGUAAUUAAUGAAUUAGAAACAUCAUGUACACAAACUGAUGAUGAAAAUCAACUUGAUUAUGGGACUGAUUUAAACAUUGACAUUAAUGAUGCCUUUAAUGAGAAAAAGUUUGCAGCAAAAUAUCAUGAAAGGAAUGGGUGUAAUACAAGCUUUAAUUCAUCAAUUAGAGAUAAUGUAGAAGAUACAAACAUCUUUACUGAAAAUCAUGUGGUAGUCAAAGAAGAAGUAGACAAUUUUAGUGAUGGAAAUACCCUUCCUUAUUCUCCUAGUAAGCACAGUAGAAAUGGGGAUACAGACCAAAGUGAUGUAGACUUAACCUCGGAUGAUAGUGAUAUAAUGAAUGCUGAUGAUGUUGUCAUUUCAGAUGAUGAUAUGAAUAUUUCGCUCUUCAGUGCAGAAAAAAAGAAAAAAGUGAAAAAGAGAAGUAAAGAUAAGAAAAGUAAGAAAACCAAGAAGCUUUUAAAGCUUUUUGACUCAGCUAGAAAGUUGUCAAAUCCUGCUGCAGAUAAUUCUUAUGCUGAAAGCGAAAAAGGAGAAAACUUUAAAGACAAGAAACAAAGAAAGAAGUAUACCAAACGAUCAGGUAUUGAAUAUUACAACUGUCUUGUUUGUCCGCAGAAGUUUGCUUGUCAGAAAAGCUGGAGUGUACACAUUGAAAGCAAACAUCAUGAUACAUACCCUGACAAAUGCCAGCAGUGUUCCAUGGUAUUCAGUAAGCCUGAGGAGCCGAUGACCCAUGACUGCCAAAUGUCACUGCGCUUUAAUCAUGUCUGUUACAAAUGCCCCAAUAUGAUUUGCUUUAAGUGGAAAGAGAACCUUCGUCAACAUAUAAAGGAUGUGCACAAUGAUGUUCUUCCAUACAGUUGUUCAGUAUGCAACAAAUCUCUCAUAUCUGAACUAGAUUUGAACAGUCAUAUGGUAGAACAUGACUCUUCUCUCCUAAAUUGUACAAUUUGUAAGAAACAUUUUGCUUCAUAUAUGAACUUGGAGUCUCAUAUGUUGUUACAUAAGCGGAAUCACAUUUGCGAAAGAUGCGGAAAAUGUUUUGACAAUAGAGAAAAUUUUAAGCAUCAUUCCUGGGCAUGUAAGGGAAAGUUUGCUUGUAUUCAGUGUAAUAAGACCUUUUGUACUAACAAUAGGUUAAAAGGACAUAUGUUGAUUCAUAGCGGAGAAAGACCUUACAUCUGUGAACAAUGUGGUCAACCAUUUAGGAGCAAGGAAGGUUUGAAGUCGCAUACAAAGUUUAUUCAUACUGGGGAAAAGAAUUACAAGUGCAGCCAUUGUGAGAAAGUGUUUACAAACUCGACAACUCUAAAGCGGCAUGAGAGAGUUCACUUGAAGAUAAGACCGUUCUCGUGUGACUAUUGCAGCAAGGAAUGUUCCACACGCUGGAAUCUCAAAGCUCAUAUGAGACAGCACAAUGGGAAGAAGCCGUACAGUUGCGUCCAUUGUAGGGCAGGUUUCGCUCACAAUGUAGCGAGGAAAAACCAUGAAUCGAAAUGUUCAUAUGCAUAUAAAACUGAUAUACCAAUGAAUUUCACAAAAGAUUGGGGUGUACAGGGAAACAGUAAUUUGAUGCAAAUAUAAUUGUCAGUUAUGGUCUUCCUAAAAUCUUAACUUUUCAAGUUUGAAAUAUGCCUUUUCGUUUAAGUGAUCAGAAUAAAUAUUCUUAAUUUAUAUAUACAUGUAUAUAUAUUUUUUUCUCUACUGAAUGUUUCAAAGAGGCUUUCUAUAUUCCUAACAUGAAACUUCAUUUUGCUUUAGAAAGUUCAUGUUCUUUUUUCAAAAUAUUUAAGGAAUGUUACGUAUUAAAAUUAUUGUGAAAAAUAAAUGUCUCUUGAAUUAUGCAUAAAGUAAACUGUGAUAAAAUAACUCAGCAAAUAAUAAGAUGUUAAGUAUAAACAUUUGUUGUUAAGUUUAUUUAUUAUAAUAAGAAUUUAUUGACAUGUACAAGUACACAAAUAAUAAUAAUAAUAACGAUAAAAUUGUAGAGCUAUGCAUUAAUUUUACAAAAAAAUAAAAAAUAAAAAAAUGUAAUUUUUGAGAAUAUUUUAACAGAUGAGAAAUAUUUUUAAGUGUUUUAGUUUGUAAAAGGUUUUUAUUAUUCAGUAAUUUUAAAUAAACAUAUAAAAAUGUAUCUUCAAAAAGUUGUCACUACAUGUAAGUGGCAUCAGUAGUCUUAUCCCUUGUAAAUUUUUAAAUGUACCAGAGCACUUUAAUGAUGUGUUCAAUAGAUAAAGGUGUCCAUAUAUUCUAUGCAAAUUGCUUUUAAUAUGAAUAAGUUAUUUCAGAUGGCAAUACAAGUAGUCAAAUUUCUAAUUGGUCUUAAAUUGCAUUUAUAUUCAUAUUUGAUAAAAGCAUUAAUUCCUCUUGCUGUACGAGAUUGAAAUUUGUUUUAAUUCGGUGUCACUGUCAUGGUUGGUUCUAAUAUAAAAAAAGACAGUACUGAUAUAGUUAUUUAAGAAAUAAUGUAUCCCAAACAGUGAUUUUAUCGUUCAAUAACAUCACUGUUUGAGGUUUGGAUGUGAGGCAUUAUAUGACAAGGACGUAGCCCGAGGGAUAUAGCGAUGUAUGUUUGAACGACAAACAGUGAUUUUAUCAAGCGAUAAAACCACCGAUUUGAAUAUAUUAUUACGAUUCUAACAUAACAUCAACAAAUAAAUGCUGUCGUACUUGAGUCUUGAUAUUAAGUUAAAUUAUGCCUGAUUUGUUUCCGUACCUAUUUUCAGCGUGUUGCAUAUUUAGUUGUUACGUCACAUGUAUAAUGAUUACAUCACAUGUCUAAAUAUAGGACAUCAACAGUGACUUUAUUGCAUAAUAAUACACACUUUUGAAAGUUUUGGUUCUUCAGUAUUAAAUAGGGAAAAAUGCGGGUAGGUUAGAAUACUGGUUAGUUAUCCAAGAAGGCCAGUUUGGUAAAUGAACCACCGAAAUAUGACUAAGAAUGUGUUAAAAUCAGAAAAACAACAGAAAAACAAAUAUGUGGUUAGGAUAGGAAUUAUUCUUAAAACAAUUUGUAAGAAAUUUUAAUAAACUUAAAGACUUUCUGUAACAAUGCAUUUUAAGGAGUGACCAAUUAGAAAUUUUGUUAAGAGUAUUUAUAUGCAAUUCAUUAUACUUGUAAUACAUAAUCUAGUUAAUUUUUUCAAACAGUGAAAUAGAUAAAAAGACCGAAAUUCUUUGCUGUAUGAAAGACUUGAUUAUAAUUCAAGGCAGAUAAUUUCCUAGGUCAUGGCCAAAAGCAAUAAAAAUACACUUGGUUUUUAGCUCACCUGUCACAAAGUGACAGGGUGAGCUUUUGUGAUCGCUUUUCGUCCGGCGUCCGUCCGUAAACUUUUACUUUAAAUGACAUCUCCUCAUAAACCACUAAGCCAAUUUCAUCCAAACUUCACAGGAAUGUUCCUUUGGUGGUCACCUUUAAAAAUUGUUCAAAGAAUUUAAUUCCAUGCAGAACUCUGGUUGCCAUGGCAACCAAAAGAAAAAACUUUAAAUAUCUUCUUUAAAAAAACCCUAAGAGCUAGAGCUUAGAUAUUUGGCAUGAAACAUCUUCUAGUGAGUGUCUACCAAGUUUGUUCAAAUAAAAGCCCUGGGGUCAAAAUUGGCCCCGCCCCAGGGGGUCAUUGAUUUUCCCUAUAUGCACAUAGUAAAAACUUAAAAAAUCUUCUUUUAAAGAACUCAAAGAGCUAGAGCUAAGAUAUUAAGCAUGAAACAUGUUCUAAUGGGUGUCUACCAAGUUUGUUCAAAUAAAAGCCCUGGGGUCAAAAUUGGCCCCGCCCCAGGGGGUCAUUGAUUUUCCUUAUAUGUGUAUAGCAAAAACUUAAAACUCUUCUGUGAAAAAACCGAAAUAGCUAGAGUUAACAUAUUAAGCAUGAAACAACUUCUAGUUAGUGUCUACAAAGUUUGUUCAAAUAAAAGCCCUGGGGUCAAAACUGGCAUCGCCCUUGUGGUGUCAUUGUUUUUAACUAUAUGUGUAUAGUAAAAACUUUAAAAAUCUUCUUUGAAAAAACCCAAUGAGCUCAGAGCUUAGAUGUUUAGCAUGAAACAUCUUCUUAUGAGUGUCUACCAAUUUUGUUCAAAUAAAAGCCCUUGGACUAAAAUUGGCCCUGCC